CGGGCGUCUCGGCCUCACCCCCGUCCUCCCCCCCAACCCCGUUCAUAGCCCGUGAGUGCCCCGGGUCCCCGGACAGAGCGGUAGGAAGCCGGGCCAGUCGCCUUUGGUUCUCUCUUCCGUUCCCCGCCCCCCUCCUUGAAAUGAGUGCGUUUCUGUUACAGGGGUGAAGGCAAUGAGUGAAAACGAGAGUGCCAGCGAGGAGGACUGGCUGGCUCUGAGGCCCCAGGAACCUUCUCCAUCCCAGUGCUGCGGCAGCGGCUGCAAGCCCUGCAUCUACGAUGUGUACGACAAGGAGCUUGCACAGUGGGAGAGAGCCAAAGCAAUGCAAGACAAAAGCCUUCUCAUGGGAAAGAAGGAGCAGAGCAAUAAUUCAGAGCUGAAUCCAGAUACAUUCACUGCAUUCAGCGUGAGCUCGGUGGAGCAGCUGACAGAGGACACCUACCAGUACAAAUUUGAAUUACCAGGAAAUAGCAGCCUGCGAUUGAGUUUAGGACAACAUAUCGUGUUAAGAGGAGUGGUGAAUGGUUUGGAGGUCCAGAGAGCCUAUACUCCAAUUAGCCCCAGGAAUGCAGAAGGUUACUUUGAAGUUCUAAUUAAAUGCUAUGAAGCUGGGCUAAUGUCACAAUACAUUAAAACAUGGAAAAGAGGAGAUGUGGUCUUUUGGCGUGGGCCGUUUGGAGGGUUCCCAUAUCAACCUAAUAAGCAUGGAGAACUCCUCAUGCUGGCCUCUGGCACUGGCCUUGCACCAAUGAUUCCCAUCCUCCAGUCCAUAACAGAUGAUGAAGAGGAUGAAACCUUUGUAACUCUUGUUGGCUGCUUCCCUACCUUUGACAAAAUUUAUUUAAAACCUCUUCUGCAGGAUUUGGCUCGGUACUGGAAUAUUAGAAUAUUUUAUGUCCUAAGCCAGGAAACUUCGCUGGAAAAACUUCCUUGGAGCUACCAGGAAAACACAUACACUGGUCGUCUCAAUGAAGACUUGAUGAAGACAAUAGUAAAUUCCUGUCGAAGAAAGCCAUUUGUAUUAAUUUGUGGCUCUUCUGCAUUCAAUGAAGAUAUGAGUAGAUACUUGAAAGCUGCAGGAAUUGAAGAAGAUUCCUGUUUUGUCUUUUAGCAGUACGUUCCUGACCUGAGGAACCUUAGGCUGAGCCUUGGAUGUCCUUGUUUCUUUGCAGACAUUGCACAAAAUGGGCCUGCUCAGAAGACUGAGCUCCUUGGAACAACUAUUUGUUGAUCCUCACUCCAUGGUAUUUUAAGGAACAGGUGCCAUUCCAGAGUGGCUGGUACAUGGUGUGCCACCCAUGCCUGAGGGACCUGCAUGGCAAUUUUAAUGGAAGUCUUCAAGUGCAAUUUUAAGAGAGAGAUCUCCUAAGGGGGUACUAGAAAGCAUCCAUGCACACAGCUCUGCUGUAAUGUGAGAAUUGGUCCUCCUUGCUUUGCAAUCUAUGUUACUCUGCAGUGGUGUUGUGCCCUGUUAGGUGUCCAGAGGAGAGAGAUAAUCCUCGGGGAUCCUUGCCAGAUCAAGGGGCAGCAGAGUUGAGAUCACUUUGGUUCUGUUAUGUGCAGGCUGAUGUCACGUAAGUCCCUUCAAUCUCACUGUGCCUCAGUUGCCCCAUUGUAAAUUAAUGCAGAGAAAGUGGCACUGAUCUCUGAAAACAGCCAUUCCAAGUAUAUAUGGAAAGUGUAUCCAUAAGGAUGGAGUGAUACAUUCUGUCUAGUGAGAACCUGGGCAGGCUGAGCUCCUGUCCUGGCACAGGCCGUGUUACCUACCCUGUGCUUAGCCCUAGAAAUGCUACCUGGGGACACAAAGAGCAUGUCCUAAAUCUGGGAGGGCAUGGCUGGGUGGUGGCUGCUGUCUGUCAGGGAGGAUGGUUAUUUGCUUUGGUGUCCCCUAAGUGUUGUAUCAUAACCCUGGCUCAUUAAAUUGAACCUCUUUACAAAUAAA